AUGAUUCAAGAAACAGAAAAAAAAAUAAUAUGGCAGGUGUGGAACCAAAACGGGACAAGAUGUCCCAGCCACACGAUUCCAAUACGGCGUAAUCAUGUCGGAGCUAAACCCGGCAAAAAAACUCAUUUGAUAGGCGUUCGACAACGAUUUAACCGCGAGGCGAUCCCUUACCCGGCCGAGGUGGGACACGAGGCUACACUCGGUAUUUGGGAUCCAAUAGUAGUCCCAGGAAUCGGCGAGUUCAGUUUUUCUCAAAUGUGGCUCGUCGCGGGACACUACAACGAAUCUGAUCUCAACACAGUUGAAGCUGGAUGGGAAGUUUUUCCGGAACAUUAUCACGAUAAUCAGCCACGACUCUUUAUUUAUUGGACGAGGGACACGUAUCAAUACACUGGUUGUCGCAACUUCGAGUGUGAGGGAUUCGUACAGGUCUCCAGUAAGUUUGCGAUCGGAGCGGCUUUUGCUCCGGUCUCUUCUUACGACGGGAGCCAGACUGACAUCACCAUGACAAUAUGGAAGGAUACGGACCAUGGCAACUGGUGGCUAGGUAUCGGCCAGUCAUUUGUCGGGUAUUGGCCCGCAAAGCUGUUUACUCAUCUAGCCGAUGGUCCGGCGACAGUAGUGCAGUGGGGUGGGGAGGUUGUCAACACACGUAGCUACGGCCAACACACGACCACACAAAUGGGGUCGGGCCAUUUCGCACAAGAGGGUUUCGGCAAAGCAACUUUCGUCCGCAACAUUGGGGUCGUCGAUCAACUAUACCACCUCCACCAAGUCCAAGACAUACGACUUCAAGCGAUGAACUCCAGUUGUUACAAUGCUGUGAAGCUUCACAACGAGGAGUGGGGGACACACUUCUACUACGGCGGACCGGGUUUCAACGCCUUCUGUCCUUAA